ACGGCGGGGCUGCCGAGGGAAGCGGAACCUGCCCUCCUCGCCCCGGGAGAGAAGGGGAAGGAGGCAGAGUCAGGGGAGGGAGCGCGGAGCCAGUGAGCUCGGGUCCGACUCCCUCGCGGGCUCCGGAACCGGACGGGUCCGCCAGGCCCCCGAGCCGCCGUUACCCGCGACCUGAAGACAGAGCGGACCAGAGAGGCUCGCACUGGGCAAGGGCACAUGGCUUCGCGACUCAUGUCCGCGGGGACCACCACGGGCGACAGCGGCGGAGAGCUGAGCUCGGGGGACGACUCGGGCGACGCGGAGUGCCCGCGGAGCCCCGAGCCCGCGGCGUCCCGGAGCCUGGCGGAGCUGUUUGAGAAGGCGGCGGCGCACCUCCAGGGCUUGAUCCACGUGGCCAGCAGGGAGCAGCUCUUGUACCUGUACGCCAGGUACAAGCAGGUCAAAGUUGGAAAUUGCAAUACUCCUAAACCAGGCUUCUUUGAUUUUGAAGGAAAGCAAAAAUGGGAAGCAUGGAAAGCACUUGGUGAUUCCAGCCCGAGCCAAGCAAUGCAGGAAUAUAUCGCAGCAGUUAAAAAAUUAGAUCCAGGUUGGAAUCCUCAGUCACCAGAGAAGAAAGGAAAAGAAGCGAAUACUGGUUUUGGCGGACCAGUUGUUAGUUCUCUGUAUCAUGAAGAAAUCAUCAGGGAAGAAGACAAAAACAUAUUUGAUUACUGCAGGGAAAACAACAUUGACCAUAUAUCCAAAGUCAUCAAAUCGAAAAAUGUGGAUGUGAAUAUGAAAGAUGAAGAGGGCAGAGCUCUACUCCAUUGGGCAUGUGAUCGAGGACAUAAGGAACUAGUCACAGUCUUGCUACAGUAUAGAGCUGAUAUUAACUCUCAGGACAAUGAAGGUCAAACAGCUCUACAUUAUGCUGCUGCCUGUGAGUUCUUGGACAUCGUGGAGCUUUUGCUCCAGUCCGGCGCGGACCCCACUCUGAGAGACCAGGAAGGCUGCCUGCCGGAAGAGGUGACAGGUUGCAAAGCUGUGUCUCUGGUGUUGCAGCAGCACACAGCUGGCAGAGCUUAAGCAGAAGACUGGAGAGCCACAGUGUAACAACAUAGGGCUUCGAUGAUGCAAGAAAACUGGGAAAAUCAUACUACUUUUACCACCCAUCCUUGGUGUACGCUGGCUAAUAAAAUCAGUUCUGAGGAACGGGGA